GCUUAUUCUUAUGGCUUCUAUAGUUUCAUUUUUUACUCCUUUAUUAUCCUCAUUUGCGAAAGAGAUAGGAAGCUUACGCCAGGGGAAGAGUGACCCUGGAAGUUUAUGGUCAAUAGAACAGUGAUCCUUCUGACGCUAUCCUGCCUUGAAUGGCGCGCUGUUUGUUCCUAUCUUGGUACUCUUAGCAAAGAGACAGGAGAUGAAGAUAGUAAAACAAUGAGGAGCAGAAGAACCCAAAUGCCCAAUCCCAAGAUGCUAAGAGACCUUAAAUGCCAACCCAAUUUCAAGCUAAAAAGAAAAAUGUUGAACUCGUAUCCUCAUCACAUCCCCAUCUGGAACUCCCCCUUACGCCUCUGAAUCAAUCACAUCCCCCCAAGGAUCUCAUCGAAAGUGGUCGCCCUCUUCCGCGGCGCGUUGGUAGUCCCCGGUCUCGGCCGCGGCCACCGGUUCUGCUCUAC